AUGCCGUCGCUCUAUUGUUUUGUUGCACUUGGCAUCGCCCUCACCCAAGCCCUCGCUGCGGCGUAUACCAACCCAAAGGACUACGCUCAGAUGCCAGUUCCAAGACAGAGCCCCUUGCCGUCUGGGUCUGUCCAGCAAGGGCUCGGCCCUUUGCUUUCCAAGAAUGCCAGUAUUUUUGGGCCAGAUGACUCCCGUUGGCCGGACGCUACCGAGCGAUAUCAAGAUUUCGCGGUGCCGCAGGUGCAGGUUGUUGUUCAACCCGGGGUAGAGAACGAUAUCCCGACGAUUGUGAAAUAUGCAAAUGAGCAUGGUAUCAACUUCUUUGUUGUCAAUCGCGGGCACUCAUUAACGUCAACUGUUGGAAGGUUCAACGGCAUCCAGAUCGACGUGAGAAGUCUGACAGACAUCUCCAUCAACAAGGAUGCGAUGACGGUUAAGCUCCAGGCUGGGGCGCGGAAUUAUGAGACGAUUGACGUCCUUUGGAAGGAGGGCUAUGUCACAACAACUGGAAGUUGCUCCUGCGUCGGCAUGGUCGGACCAGCAUUGGGAGGCGGUCACGGUGUGCAGCAGGGCGUCCAUGGCCUCAUAGCCGACAACCUGAUCGGCCUGAACGUUGUGCUCGCCAAUGGAACAGCCAUCAUGGUUAGCGAAACAUCCUAUCCCGACUUGUGGUGGGCGAUGAGAGGCGCCGGUCACAACUUUGGCAUUGUCACCAGUUUUGAUAUGAAGAUUUACCCGGUCACGGUCCCGUCUUACUACUACAGGAACUACGUCUUCACAGGCAAACACGUUGAGCCGCUCUUCGAGGAGCUGAAUAAGUUCCAUGCAAACGGUAGCCUUUCGCCGACGUGGGGAGGGGCGUUUGGUGUUUACACCAUGGAGCCGAGCGUGAGCACUACUGAGGCCACAAUAUUCUGGACAUUCAUCUACGGAGGCUCCAAAGAGGAUGCCGCAGCGGAUCUGUCACCGUUCGAUGCCCUCGGCCCCGUGGCGGUGGAUGAAGGCGAUGUGUCAUUCACCUCCAUCUCAGACAUCUUGAUCAGCGGACUGGAAUCAGAUCUGUGCGCGCCGAGCAAGGUCCAUAUCACAGGCACAGCCGGCCUUCAAGUCUACAACGUCACUGUACAGCGGCAGCUCUAUGACCUGUAUAACAAGAAGGUCGCCAAGGAGCCGUUGCUGUCAGGCACCAAGCUAGUCCAUGAAGGUUAUGCCGUUGAGGGUGUUUUGAGGGGCAAGCCGGAGGACUCUGCUUUUCCAUUGCGUGACGAUAAUCUUCUGAUGUACUUCGACGCCAUGCCUCCACCAAACUCGGGCCUGGAGGACUUUGCCUUCCAGUGGGCUCGGGAAACGGAGGAUCUGUGGAACGCAGGCGAAGGUGAAUGGCGGAAGCCCACGACAUACGUCAACUAUGCCGCGGGCCACGAGUCGCUGGAGUCCAUGUACGGCUAUGAACCGUGGCGGUUGGAGAAACUACGUGCCCUCAAGGCACAGUACGAUCCCCUAAAUAAGUUUGCAUAUUACAACCCCAUAGUUCCAUUGGAGAGCUAG